GUCUAAGUCCGAAGUUGAAUACAUUCAAAAAAACCAGAUCCUCCACGUUAUACGCGAUGCUCCUAUUAGGGCACACCAAGAUGACUGGUUAGCCGCUGAAUUGCGCAAUCCAGAUUCUUCACAGAUGCUCCUAUUUGACUGUUCACACGAGGAGGAGAUGCGUUUUGCCGAUCAAAGAAACCUCGCUAAGCAGAUGGCUCUUGUCCUUGCACACAACCGACAAAUGCGACCUUUCCCCUUUCACCUUGUUCUCACAAGUUUACUCCAAGGAACCAAUCAGUAUCAGUUUUUCGCCAAUGAAUUCAACGCACGCAAUGACCCCUCCGGACCCCAGUGCCUUGAAAAUUGUCUUUGGACUAUCCGACCAGAACAUUAUCUCGAGAUGCCAUCCUUCCUUGGAAAUAGACGAAUUGUGUAUUUGAGCCCGAACGCAACACGCGCCUUUGAACCCGGUGAAUGGGAUCACAACGCUGCCUAUGUUGUCGGUGGAAUUGUGGACAAAGCUAUCCGGCGCCCUCGGUACUUACAUUGGAGAGCGGGAAACAAAACUCUCACUCUGGUAGCCAUUCAUGGUAUCCUAGCAACAGCAAAGGCCACUAAUGGUGACUGGAAGACUGCUUUGGAGAAGAACAUCCCCGCCCGAUUCCUCCGCGAGCACGAUCCUGUGCAGAGGGAGAUAAAUAGGAUGUUGCGGCAGGUUUAG